ACAUAUUACACAACAAAACACAUCAAGCUGGAUUUGUCAAAUUACCCUGAAAGCCCUGAGAAUCCACAUUAUAUAUACAUUAUAUAUACAUUGCAGUAAGUUUUUCUUUGCAAAUAAGGAUGAGUGGCGCGAUGUCGGUAAGCCUAAGGGCGGCUGCACAGCCUAGAUUAGGCCUAGUGGCGAUCUCUUACAACCACUCCAGAACCUAUUCUACAGAGGAUGCAGAUUACACCAAUAUCUCCUUAUAUAAAAGGGGUACAGGUGGUAGAUCCAGUUUUAAUGGUGUAGUGGCCACUGUAUUCGGCUGUACAGGCUUCAUAGGUCGAUAUGUAUGCAACCGAUUGGGCAAGAUCGGCUCGCAGUUGAUCCUGCCUUACCGAGGAGACAGUUACGACCCCAUGAGGCUUAAACUUGUGGGCGACUUGGGGCAAGUUUAUUUUCACCAUUACAAUCUGAGAGAUGAAGAGUCGAUUCAUAAAGUGAUGAAGUAUUCUAAUGUAGUGAUUAAUUUGGUGGGGCGAGACUGGGAAACCAGGAAUUUUAGUUAUAAUGAUGUACAUGUGGAUGGGGCCAGGAGAUUGGCUAGAAUCGCCAAGGAAUCUGGAGUGAGCAGAUUUAUACAUGUAUCUGCUUUGAAUGUCUUAGGAGAGCCCCAGGAGGUGUUUUUGAAAGGUGGAUCUCGGUGGUUGAAGAGCAAGGCACUAGGUGAAUGUGCAGUCUUAGAAGAAUUCCCACAAGCGACCAUCUUUAGGCCAACCGAUGUCUAUGGCCAAGAAGACAGAUUCCUCCGUUACUACAUGCACAACUGGAGACGUCAAUUCCAGAACAUGCCUCUCUGGGAAAACGGUGAAAAAACCGAAAAACAACCUGUCCACGUGUCAGAUUUAGCUGCUGGCAUCGUGGCUGCCAUUAAGGAUCCAGACAGCGCCGGAAAAAUCUAUCAAGCUUACGGCCCCAAACGAUAUCUCUUAAGCGAACUGGUCGACUAUUUCUAUCGAAUCACCCAAAAGGGCAACGAGCAGUGGGGUUUCAAAAGGUACAACAUGAAGUACGACCUUCUUUUCAAAUUGAAGGUCAGUUUGACCGAAAAGUUCUCGCCGAAUUGGCCUAUAGGGCAUUUACACUGGGAAAGGCUCGAAAGGGAACACGUGUCCGAUAAUGUUAAUGCGGAAAUGCUCGGUUUGCAGGAUUUGGGCAUCAAUCUGACCACCAUGGAGGAACAGGUGCCGUGGGAGUUGAGACCCUGGAUCUAUGGAUUGUACUAUGGAUUCGAUGCCGACGAUCCGCUUACCCCCGCCGAGCCACCAAAGGCUAUUACCGCAUAAUUUAUUGUCCAUAUAUAGACACAUUAAUUGUUAAUAAUAUAAAUAAAAUGAUUGUAAAGAGUUA